AGCUCUAAAUGAUCUUUCAUCUUUUUUCCUGUAGAGAAUUUGUUUGAAUACCUUGUCAAGAAAAAUGACUAACCCCUUCAAAUGCAUCACAGAGUUCUUGAAGCAUCCUUCCUGUGACUGGUUAAGAGGUACAGAGAACCUGUUUGCCCCACCCUCCCCGGCUGUGUCAGGAAAGUGGACCUAUCAUGAUGGGAAACUGGUCAAUCUACUUGUCAGUCUCCUCGUGGAGGGUGAAAUCAUCUCUUUACGCCCUGGCAGUGAAGCGCCAACUGAACUAAGAGGAAUUCAGGAGGUGUUUGGAGCUCUCUCAACACAGACCUGUCUCCGUUCUGGAUAAUGAGUGCAAAGUUUACUAGAGGGAGGCCCAGUGCCUUUUUUACUGGUGAGACUUGCUUCGUUUCUCCAAAUCUGUUACAUUUUGUAAUUUUAAUUUUUGGGUUAACUAUUCCUUGUUUUUCAUCAAAUCUGUCCUAUGAUGCUGAUAUUAGAAGUAUUUUUCAGUGCUAACUAGUUAUUUGUUAAAGGGGUCAUAUGAUGCUGCUAAAAAGAACA